AUGGACGAAGACGGCCGCGCCCAGAGCACUGUCGGAGGCAUUAAAUCGGAGGAGAGGCUCAAGACCAACGGUGUCAAACAGAAGAAGGACGACACCAGUCUUACGGCCACACCCAACGAUUCCAAGAUCAACUCGAGAGUUUCCAGCAUGUCGCCCGACGAUGCAAAAUCUGCCAGCGGCAGCGCGUCCACCCCCGAAAAUGGCACCGCGCCAAAGCUGUCGCGCAAGUCGUCUCAAAAGACGAUCAGAACUCUGCCUCCCCUUUACGGCAACCUCCCAGACGUGACAAACGACGCGUGCGCGACAUUCCAAGUGAUACCCGAUUGUAUCUGGGGCACCCGCCACAUGGGAUCGUCAGAACAUGAUGCGUUGGACUGUGACUGUGCUGAAGAUUGGCGCAAUGACCAGAACCACGCUUGCGGGGAGGAAUCGGACUGCAUAAACCGGGCCACCAAGAUGGAAUGCGUCGACCGCGAAUGCAAUUGCGGGAAUGGUUGCCAGAACCAGCGGUUUCAGCGCAAGCAGUAUGCCGAUGUUUCGGUCAUCAAGACGGAUAAGAAGGGCUUUGGUCUCCGGGCGAAUGUCGAUCUCCAACCCCACGACUUUGUGUUUGAGUAUAUCGGCGAAGUCAUCAACGAAGCAAAUUUUCAUCGGCGUAUGCGAGCGUACGACAACGAGGGAAUCAAGCACUUCUAUUUCAUGUCCCUGACCAAGAGCGAGUUUGUCGACGCUACCAAGAAGGGCAACCUGGGCAGAUUCUGCAACCACUCGUGUAACCCGAACUGCUAUGUCGAUAAGUGGGUGGUUGGCGAGAAGCUGCGCAUGGGGAUAUUUGCGUUGCAUCCCAUCCGGGCUGGCGAGGAGCUCGUCUUCAACUACAAUGUCGACCGUUACGGUGCCGAUCCCCAGCCAUGCUAUUGCGGUGAGCCGAAUUGCGUGGGCUUCAUCGGUGGCAAGACGCAGACGGAGCGCGCAACUAAGCUUGCCCAGGCGACCAUUGAAGCGCUCGGCAUCGACGACGGUGAUAACUGGGAUACUGCGGUUGCCAAGAAACCCCGCAAGAAGAAGGCGACCGAGGACGAUGAAGACUUCGUCAACAGCAUCCAGCCCCGCCUCCUCGACGAGGAGAGCGUUAACAAAGUCAUGGCUACUCUCAUGCAGUGCAAGGAGAAGUGGAUUGCGGUCAAGCUGCUUGCCCGUCUUCAGGCUGCCGACGAUGACCAUCUUCGCCAUAGGGUGGUGAAAAUGCACGGCUACCAGAUUCUGAAGACCGCACUCAACACCUUCAAGGACGACAACAAUGUCGUUCUGCAGAUUCUUGACAUAUUGUACAAGCUGCCUCGCAUAACCAAGAACAAAAUCUCCGACUCGAAUAUAGAGGCAACCAUCCAGGGUCUCGCGUCCUCAGACCACCAAGAUGUCGCUUUCGAAUCCAAGAGAUUACUUGAUGAAUGGAGCAAACUGGAGACGGCAUAUCGCAUCCCCCGCAAAAAGGCCGACUCGACAGCUCCUGUGACAAUAAAUUCCUUUGAGGAGGAGCGCCGAAACAUGGACCGCGAAGAGAUAUCAAAGCCUGUCAACCACUUCGCCAACAUGGUGGUUCCCACCGGGCCGCGGAGCACCAUUCCUCAGCGAAAUGCGGGCUUCUUUAACGGCCAGCGACCGCCUCGGAAGCUGCCGACGAACUUACCGCUGGGGUGGUUUGUUACGACGGACAAGAGCGGUCGUUACUAUUUCUACGACAAGAGCGGCAAUACAACAUGGCAGCGUCCUACGGCCCCUGCAGUCGAAGUUCCUAAGGCGUCUUCUAAGGUCAACCAGGACCAGAAGACGCUGCAAGACAUCAUUGACAGUCUGACUAAGGAGCCGACGCCAAGACAUUCGGCCAACCACACCCCACAACAAGCCAGCACUCCCGCGCCGGAAUCUAAAAGGGAAAGGUGGCGUUCUCUUCCUGUCGAGAAGCAGAUGAAGAUUUAUGAGAACACGCUUUUCCCACAUGUGAAGUACGUUAUGGAUAAAUUCCACCACAAACUGCCCAAAGACGACUUGAAGAAAUUCGCACGGGAGGUGAACAAGAAGCUCGUUGCUUCCGAUUAUAAGAACCACCGUGUCGAGGAUCCGACCUCCAUCACCCCCAAACAAGAGAAGAAGGUCAAGAAAUACGUCUACAGUUUCUUUGAGAGGGCAUUGGUCAAGUACAAAGAGCAUGAGAAGAAGAAGGCUUCUGAGGCCAGCGGCAAGAUCACCGGUGCUGUUGCAGAAUCGAAGCAAGACGAAGCAAAUAAUGCGGCUUCAACUCCGCCAAAGGAUGACGCCGCGCUAUCGGACGCCGAGGACGCUAGCACCCCCGACACUAGUCCGGGCCGCAAGAGAAAGCGGGAGGACGACUUGGAAUCGAUGGGUGAGACCCCGUCCGAGACCCCAUCGCUAAAACGUGUCAAAGAAGACGACAGUGGGAUGCCGAGCCCCCCACCACCUCCACCCCCGCCUACCGAUACCCCUAUAACGGAGACGGAUGAGGAGCGAUCCAUGCGUGAGCAAGAGGAAGCACUCAUGCGGGAGAACGAGGAGGCGCAGCGCCUAGAGGAUGAAGCCGAACAGACGCACCGGAAAACUCACGAUGGUAGUCUGGCGGCGAACGCACACGUUGGUCCCCGAGGCCCUAAAGAUAAGAAGAACGAUGGUGCCCACUCGUGUGGCCCAAGCGGUGGACUGAAAGUAACCAAAGGCUCCAUGAUGGAUAUCGAUGUCGACGGUUUGACGGCCGCUGCGGGGGGCAGCGACAAUAACGACAACCCCCUUGAGCACAAGGAGGUCCACAAGCAGGAGGUGCUGAGCCAUUAA